AUGCAUGACAUGGCCGAUAUUUCAUUCGUUUGGAGUGGAGCUUCCUUUUCAAGUUUUCUCUAUCGUUUAUGGAUAUCUCAAUACGGGCGGUCAUCGUUAAAGAUUUCCGAUUAAUUAAUUAAAUGAAGGUGCUAUAAGCGUUGAUUUUAUGAAAAAACUGUAGGUUAUAAAUUAUAGAAUAAUGAUCUUACUCGAGAUCAAUAAUAGAAUUAUAGAAGAAACUCUAACAGUUAAAUAUAAAAAUGCAUUGGCGAGUUUAAAGCCUGAGUCCAUAGAUGUGACUGUAGCAGAUUUUGAUGGAGUUCUCUUUCAUAUAUCAAAUGUUAAUGGAGAUAAAACCAAAGUUAGGGUUAGUAUAUCACUAAAGUUCUACAAGCAGUUAGAAGAACAUGGGGCUGAUGAACUUCUCAAAAGGGUAUAUGGACCUUUACUUACGGAACCAGAGUCUGGUUACAACGUAUCCAUACUCCUGGACCUGGAUAAUAUUCCUGACGACUGGGAGGACGUGGUGAAGAAGGUGGGCCUGCUGAAGCGGAACUGCUUCGCGUCCGUGUUCGAGUGUUACUUUAGAUUGCAGGAGGACGGCGACGUCAGCCGCAAACGGGCUGUCAUCAACUACAGACAAGAUGAAACUCUAUACGUAGAGGCGCAAGAGGACCGCGUGACGGUUGUGUUCUCGACUGUGUUCCGACAUGAAGACGACGUGGUCAUUGGCAAGGUGUUCAUGCAGGAGCUGAAGGAGGGUCGGAGAGCCUCGCACACCGCACCACAGGUUUUAUUUUCGCACAGGGAACCGCCAUUAGAACUCAUGGACACCGAUGCGAAAGUUGGGGAAAAUAUCAGUUAUGUUACAUUUGUGUUGUUCCCGCGGCACACGUGCGAGGCGGCGCGCGCUAACACGAUCGACCUGCUGCACAUGUUCCGCGACUACCUGCACUACCACAUCAAGUGCAGCAAGGUGUACGUGCACUCGCGCAUGCGCGCCAAGGCCGGCGACCUGCUCAAGGUGCUCAACCGCGCGCGCCCGCAGCAGGCCGCCAGGCCCAACGAACGGAAGACUAUCACGGGAAGAACGUUUAUAAGGCGAGAUUGAGUGUUGCGAGGCGGCGGCUCAUAGACCGCAACAUGACGACGCCACUCCGGUAACAUCGUCGGAAGCGCUAACUAAGUCAUACCACCUAUUUAUUAUUCGAACAACUACCAUAGGCGAGCGAACUAAGAUAUUAUUACAGUGGACUCGUACCAACGGGCACCCACAAUGUGCGUAUUUCAUUUGUCGUAAUUACCAAGUGCUAUUUAUUAUUAAUUAAACCUUUCAGUUUCACUGGACGUCACAAAGUACUUAUCCAUAGUGAUCUCGCGCCAUUCGACCCUGAUUGCCAAAUGUUUACGCUCAAUCUACUGCCGAUGAUUUGUUUUGUGAUUGUGAUUGGAUGGCGAAAUGUGCACAUUGUAUUCAUAAUAUUUAUUGUAAACUCUUCAGCAUAGUGUAAAGUCUAAAUAAUGUUGCCGUAGAAUUUAUUGGUUACAAAAAAAUAUGCUUUAUUAUAAUGAGAGUUCUAUUUAUAGACACUGCGGCUCGGGUUCCUAACUAGUACACCUGAGUGCUUAAUGCGAGUUUGGAAUUCGACAGCGAUAGAUUAAACUUCUCAGUCAAACGCAGACAACUAGACACAUUGUUACGUAAAUACUGCAUCCUAAUUUGAUGUAAAAAGAAAAAUGAAAACUCGCACUACGCAUACUGAAGUAGAACCAUCGACAGCGGCGCGGUGUCCGCGAGCGCGAACUUUCCUCCUAGCUUACGUAAUUUUGUUGAAGUAAGUAAUUGCUAUUACCAAUCCUCACGUAGGGUAAUGUAUUAUAAAAUCUAGCCUAUAUACAUAUUGUUUCGGUUUACAAACUUGUAAAAAUGUAUAUCUUGAAAUACUUGUAACAGGUAUCAAGCACAAACAAUGUACGAAUUAUUCCUUACUAAUAUUUAAAACAGUUCUAUUUAGUUUAAAAUGUUAUGCAAUAUAUGAACAAUAAUUAAUUUUAAUAAAAGUUGCACUUUUCGUUUUAGGUAGGUCCGAUUCAUUUAUAAAGUAUAAGUGAAAAUGUAUAAUAUUUUUUAAUAGAUUCUUCCACAGUCAAGAGGGACUCGAUAACAUAGAAUGGCCUUAUUUACGAUCGUCAUUGAGUUCGCUCGGUUGAUCGGAGCUCGGUUGAUAGAGUCGCUAGUUUAGUCAUUGAUACUAUUAUGUAUCUUGUUUUUGUGCAAUUCGACUUCAUUAUUCGAAUGCCAACUUGCAUUUAAUUUGAUUGGAGAGAAUAGGCUCUGUUUUUAGCAAAAUAUUUUUGUGGUUGUAAUUUGUUUUUAUAGUUAGUGUCGUCCUGCUGCAAACACAGACACAAUCUUUUUUGUAAAAAACAUUACAGCAAAAUUAAUUGCACAAUGAGUUCGCAACACCAAGGAGCCGUCAGAAUUGAUAUAGUAUAAUCAUUUUAAAAAAAUAUACCAAUAGACUUGGAACAUUCAAGAAGCCAAUUGCAAAGAUAUAGAAAAUAAGUUGAUUGUUUUGGGCGAACUUGAAAAUGUAAUUGAGUGGAAUGGACUGAAAUGUCGGCUGUCUAAACAAUUUGUCUGGAAUUCAGUGGGUAUUCUAAAAAAAAUAAUAUAAUAUGCUAAGUCAUAAUGUGUAACAGGACAGUUAUUGACAGAUCCAUACGAAUGUAUGAGAAUGGAGAGCAUGUAGAAACAAUUUAACAAUUUAAUAAAAUUUUGUAGCUAACUUGAAUCUUAUGAAAUUUUAUUUGCAAGAUGUAUUAUUUAUGUAUUAUAAAAUGUAAGUUAACGUUGCUUUAAGGUAUUGCUUACAAUUGGAUCAUUGUUUUUACUGUCAGUUUUAAUUUUAACACAAAAUUAUGUAAACAGCAGCCAGACUACGAUGGUUAUUUGUGAAUAUGUAAUUAUUCUUAUAAUUUUUAAAAUCCGUUUAUACUGUAUUUUUAUUUUCUAGAUUAAAGAAAACAUCUUACUGCAA